AUGACUACCAAGAUGGAGCCUCUGACCAUCGAAUCUUCCCACGUCGAAAAGGCACAUGGCGACGACAUCCAAGCCGCCAUCGACGCCCAAGACCUCACCCCAAAGCAACAAUACCAACGUCUCUGGACAAACCUCAAAAAAGACAAACGCUACGUCCUAUGGUCCUUGUAUAUCAUGUCCCUCGUCUUCGGAUGGGGUUACGACCAAGGCCUUUCCGGCGUCGCUAUCGCAUUCCCUGAAUUUCGCAAAGUCUAUGGAGAGUACUACCAGGUCGGCGAUCAAUAUGUUAUCCCGGCUUUGUGGCAGUCUCUUUGGAAUGCGGCUAGUACUAUCGGUCAGGUCUUUGGUGCUUUUUUGACGGGUCAGUUUGCGGAUUGGGUUGGUCGAAAGGCUGUUCUUUGGACUGCUGUUGCGUUGUCCAUUGCUUCGUCUUUUGCGCUGGUGUUUGCACCUAGUCUUCCUGUUCUUUUCGUCUCAAAGCUCCUUCUUGGUCUUUCAGUUGGUCUCUCAACUGUUACUCCUCCACUCUACGUCACCGAGAACGCGCCCGCCGCACUUCGAAGCUCUCUCAGCUCCCUCACCAACGUCAUCAUCGUUUUGGGUUUCUUCCUCUCCUCCAUCACUGGCUGGGGCUCUUCCAAGAUCAAGGGCGAAUGGAGCUUCCGACUCGCCUUUGUCAUGACUUUCCUCGUUCCUACUCUCUUCGCUAUCGGUCUUUCUUUCCUUCCUGAGUCGCCCAUCUGGUACGUCAAGAAGGGACGCGACGACGAUGCGCGAAAGGCUAUUGUCAAGCUUUACGGCGAUUCUAUCGAUGUUGAGGAGAGACUCAACUUCAUCAAGUCGGAACUGGAGGUUGCUGCCGGUGAGGCCAACAUGGCUAAGCAGACUAGCUGGAAGGCCAUCUUCUCCAAGGAGCACCGAUCCAGAACUCUUGUUGCCGUCAUGGGUCUCCAGUCUCAGAACUUCUCGGGUGGCUACUUUGCCAACACAUACCAGACUUACUACUUCGAGCUCAUCGGCCAAGCCGACCCUUUCGGCCUUACUGCGAUCUCGUCCACCCUCCAAUUCUUCUCCAACCUCGUCGCCGUCUCAGUCUCCGAUGUCCUCCCUCGCCGAAAGUCCCUCAUCGGAGGCGGUACACUCCUGGGGUGCUGGUCCAUCAUAAUUGCGGGUACAUCGAUGGUCAGCACCAGUAACCACGCCGCCAACACCGCCCUUCUCGCAUUCAUGAUCACAUGGUCGAUGCUCUAUACUGCUACUGUCGGUUGUUUCGGCUGGGCUGUUGCUCAAGAGACUGCUUCCCAGGCUACUCGUCCCAAGACUAUCGCUUUUAGUCUUGUGUGCCAGCAACUUACUGCUCUGAUGCUGUCUUCCGUGUUCCCGUACUUCAUCAACCCUGAUCAGCUGAACUGGGGUGGCAAGGUCAUGUUUCUGUUUGUUGGUGCCGAGGUCUUUAUUCUUGCUUGUCUCUUCUGGUUCCAGCCUGAGACCAAGAACAGGACUUAUCACGACAUCGACUGCUUGUAUGCUGGUGGUGUUCCCCCUCGCAAGUUUUCUGAGUAUGUUGUUCAGGACGAUGUUGCUGUCAAGAAGCCUAAGGCUUGA